AUGUCAUUGAUGCCAAUUGUUAAAGUUGUUAAUUUAUAUCGUCAUGAAUUAUUAGAUAAUGAUUUUGGUAUCGAAUGGAUGAAUGAUUUUAAUGAUGAAUCAAAAGGAAUAAUUACUGAAGAAUCUUCUAAUGAUCAAGAUUUGAUAAAUAAUCAUAGUCAGAUAAAUUUAAAACAUUCUCGUUCAACUAUUCAAGUUCGAUCUAUUAGUAAAAAUACAAUACAUCUUCCAGCACAGAUUUGGAGAUCACUUGCUAAGAUUGUACCUGGUGAUAUUGUUAUUGAAUUAAAUGGUGUAAGUAUAUGUGGACAAGCAGUUAUUGAAUUUGAAAAAAAUUUAAAAUUAUCCGGUAAUCGAAUUCGUAUUCGAUUGAAAUCAGGUAUAAAUUUUGUACUUUUAUUGAAAAUAUUUUUAGUUACAUUAGACUAUAGUGGCGCAUGCACAUCAUCAACUCCUGUUAAUUCAACUUGGCAUUCACCUUCAGCAUAUACAUUAUCAAUAAAUAAGAAAAAUUCUUUAGAUAGUUAUACUUAUUCAACAAACGGAUAUACAAAUAAUUCCUAUUAUUUAAAUAAUAAAUCAAUGACCAAUGGUUAUAAUACAACAUCAUCAAAAAGUCGUUCAUUUGAAAGUGAUCUUGAUAUAUGUGGUGAAAAAAUAUCUGAUGAAUUAACUAUAUCAUCAUCAUCAUUAAUUGAUUUACCUACAUCAUCCUUAAUAAGUCAUGCUGAUUAUGAUAAUCUUCCUAUUAUUAAUAAUGAAAAUGGAAUUAAUGAAGAAAAAGUAAUAACACAUCAAAUUAUAACAAGAUUAUCUACACAAAUACAAUCACCUAUAUCAAGUGAACUUGAUCAAAAAAUAAAAAAUGAAAUUGAUGCAAGACUUAAAGAUAUUGAUGAUGAAUUUGAUUUUAAUUCGCCAGUUAUUGCAGAAACAGUUAAUAAAUCAGUUGAUCUUCCAUCGGUACGACGAUUAGCUAAACGACUCUAUACAUUAGAUGGAUUUAAGUCAACUGAUGUUGUCAGACAUUUAUUUCUACUACAUACAGACAAACCUCAAGCGCACUCCAACUUAUCUACCAAUAUCCGAACUUUUCUUACCAUGUUCACUACUAACAGGAAUGAUUUUAAUCAAUUAGUAGCUGAAGAAUAUGUUAAAUUAUUUAAUUUUCAAGGUGAUACACUUGAUCGUGCAUUAAGAAAAUUUGUUAAACAAUUUACUAUUAUUGGUGAAGCACAAGAUCGUGAACGUGUUUUACAUUUUUUUGCUGCACGUUAUCUUGAUUGUAAUCCAACAACAUUUAGUUCAGUUGAUGCUUGUCAUAUGCUUACUUGUGCAAUAAUGUUACUUAAUACAGAUCUCCAUGAUCGAAAAAUUACAAAUAAAAUGACCUUUCAACAGUUCAGUGAUAAUUUACAUGAAUUAAAUGAUGGAAAAGAUUUUUCAAAAGAUUUACUUAAAUCAUUAUAUAAUGCAAUUAAAAAUGAACGACUUAUGAAUGAAACAACUCUUGACUCAAACGAUUAUAAUGAUGUACGAUUAGAUGGCCAUGGAACAUUACAUGGUUACAGCAAUAUUGUUAAUCCAUUUUUAGAAAUUUCUGAUACAAAUAGAAGUAUUGAACACAUGCAAGGUUAUCUUAUGCGUAAAUGUUGUGUGGAACCCGAUGGAAAACGAACUCCAUUUUUACGUCGCGGUUGGAAAGCAUAUUAUGCUAAUUUACGUGAUAUGGUUCUUUAUUUACAUAAAAAUGAUCAACAACCAACAACAAUAUUAAUUAGUGAUACCAAUGCUAUACGUUUACAUCAUGCAUUUGCUCAAGAAGCUAUUGAUUAUCGUAAAAGACAACAUGUUUUUCGUUUAAAAACAUCUGAUUGGGCAGAAUAUUUAUUUCAAACAACUGAUCAUGAUUUAAUGAUUAAAUGGAUUGAUACAAUUAAUUUAGUAGCAGCAUCAUUUUCUUCUCCACCAUUACCUGCUGCUAUUGAUUCUGUAUCAUUACAUUUUCAACGACCACUUUUACCAAGUGUACAAACACGUUAUUCAGUUUUUGAACAAUAUGAAUUUAUUAUUCAUCAAAUCAAUGAUAUAACAAAACAAUUAAAUGAUAUAAGAAUUCAAUCUUAUGCAAAUAAUACAAUUAAUGGUGAUACUAAACAAAUAAAAGCAUGUGAUAAAAUUGAAAAUAAAGAUAAAAUUGAAUAUCUUCAAUAUGAAUUAGAACGAUAUGAAGCCUAUGGUGAUCGAUUACGAAGACAUUUUCAACAAUUACAAUUAGAUCAUUCAUCUCUUAAUAUGAAUAUUAAUGAAAAUCAACAACAUCAUAGUUUUAUUGGACCUAUUGAACCAUUAUCAGGUGUAAAUACUCCUCAACAAUUAUCAUCAUCAGUUACCUAUAAAAAAAGUUCUCAAUCAGCAAAUAUAGCAUUAAUUAAUACUAAUCGUUAUAGUUAUAUGAUGGCUGUUAAUACAAAUCCUUUAACAAUAAAAGAACGUCGAUUAUAA